AUGGAACAUUCGAUCGCGCUCGUCACCGGCGCCACCUCAGGGCUCGGUCAUGCGGCAGCCCGCGCUCUCGCCGGAGACGGCUGGCGCGAGAUCAUCGUCACCGGGCGCAGCCUGGCUCGGGUCCAGGAAACGGCCGCUCAGCUCGCGGUGGAGACCAAGAGACAGGUCUUCACGCCGCUGGAGCUGGACCUGGACAAGCCGCCCAGUGUUCAGUCCGCCCUCGCCGAGCUCGUCAAGCGAGGUAGGCCGAUUGAUUUCCUACUACUCAAUGCAGGGUUGGUAGGAGGUAACAAGCGCGUGAUCACUACAGCGGGCGUCGAGGCUUCUCAAGCCCCGCUAAUUGGCCAUCAUCAACUGACUGUCGGGCUGCUCUGCGCCAACCUGCUGAGUCCCAACGCGCGGAUUGUUAUCGCCGGCGCGGAACCUGCACGAGGGGACGUGCCCCUGUUCAGCUUCACGGACGUGGCGGCCUUCGCGGCCAAACACCACCAGGGUGACCGAACUGCUGCUGUUGAAGCCCUGUUGCGCAAUGGGCCGAACGUGAAGUACGCGCCCAACCGGGCGUAUGCCGACGCGAAGCUCAUCAUCGCUUGGUGGGUCGCGGCGCUGGCGCGCCGGCUACCCUCCGGAAUAGCCGUAUACGCCGUGUCGCCCGGCAGCGCGCCCGACACCCAGGUGGCGCGUAACGCUGGCCCGGCCUUGAAGUGGCUGAUGAUUCCGCUGGUGAAGUUCAUCCCUGGCAUGACCCAGACUCCUGAGACCGCCGCCCGUCGGUACCUCCAGGCAUCUGAGUUUGGAACCGACGUCUCAGGGCAAUUCUUCGCCUCGGCGCCCACGAAGGUCACCGGCCCAAUCGAGCCGAUGCGCCACCCACACUUUCACGAUCGUGCCAACCAGGAAGCUGCGUGGCAGGCCAUCGUCAAGGUCUCCGGCGUCGACCUUUUCGACGGCCGGCGUCCACACCAGAACACCAAGACACAAGACACGCAGCCAGUGAAAAUGCCCAGCGAGUAG